AUGAAAACCAAUUUUUUAUUAGUUUCCUUCUUUGCAAUUAGUCUAUUUUUGUGUAUCCAAAAUGUAGCUUCUCAAACACUUUCCACAGCCAUUACUUUGAUAGUUGAUUUCGGUUCCUCAACACCAUAUGUCAAUAGUGAGUGUGGUGGUAUUUUGGAUAGUAGCAAUACCACAAUCUACCCACCAUGUAAAAGUUUUAAAGACGCAGGCAAUAGAGCCAGACAAUAUCUCAACAGUGGACUUGCAAUUCCAAAUAGUAACUACCUCACCAUCAGUGUUAUUAAUACUGCAAUUACACCAAACAUUGACGGUGAAUCAGCUCAACUUGGAAACCUUUUUGGAUUUUGUACUGUCGAUAUUUUAAUUGCAACCACUACAUCACGUGCAAUUGUAGAUGGAACUUUAUCAACAUCUCACUUUGUCAGUCUCCAAGAACCAAAUGUUCCAAACACAUCAUACCAAUGUAGUUCUGGAAAAACAUUAAGAAUUAGAAAUAUUGAAUUUAAAAAUUGGGGUAACCAAACAAUCGUAUACACCAAUUUAAAUCAAGUAUUCAAUAGCCUCACCAAGCAAUCCAUUUUCUUCACAACAGUAUACACAUGGUUUUCCAACAGUAUUAUCAACAUUCAACCAAAAGGCACAAACUUUGAAUAUGGGUCUGUAGCUUUUCAAUGCAGCGGUGGCUAUUUUAAUAACAUCGAUUCAUCAUUAACUUUACCACCAUUCAACUUUAAUGGUGCCAAUGUAGCUAUUAUAGGCUCUCGUUUCCUUAAUUCCAUAUUAAACUCAUCACCAUUUAUUUACUCAAGUAUUGGUCUCUUCAAUUUAAAGGCAACAAGUUUAAUUGAUAAUGUCGUUAUCAAUAAUGGUCAUCCAUUUGUAAAAACUUUGAAUGUUGGUGAUAAUUUUUAUUACACUGGUGUAAGAAUCUCAAAUUGCAUUUUCUCAAAAUUUUUACAACAUGAAAAUAAUCAAAUCAAUGCUCCAAGAGAAUCUGCAAUUCCACAUAUCUCUUUAUUUCAAUUAUCAAACAACAUUAUUACCUCAAAUAAUGAUGAUCCAACCAAUUCAUUCUUCUCUUUCCAAAAUUACCAAAAUGCUGAAUACACUUUAAGUAUUUCAACCAUCAAUUCUGAAAAUGUUCAAGUUUUUGGUAAUAAAUCAUUUAUAUGUAAUCAAAAUGGUAAUACAUCUAUUUAUGGUUUUGAAAUCCCAAAUACUUUCCCAAUUGGUUUAAUCACCCAAAAUUCAUAUAAUAAUAUAGCAGAAUCAGGUGUUUUUUCAGAUAUUCCAUUUGCUGGAAUUAAUUCAAUCUUUGAAUUCAAUAGUAUCCCAUUCUAUUCUACAUUAAAUACUACAAAUUUUAACUAUUGUGAUUCAUGUAGAAUUAGUAUUGAUGGACAAGUUGUUUAUGAUAACUUGUAA